UCUCCACUUCUGCAUCUAUGUAUCGGUGCCAGAAAGAUUUUUAAGUUCGAUCGGUACAUGCGUCGUUAACCACCAGAAACUAACCCACAUGUUGCCUCUCUGUUUUUAUUCUGUCACUCGAUCAGCUGAUCAACUAUGGAGACUUCAAUCCUGAACGCGGCACACGAAAGACAGAGGAGGGCAGAGGCAUUAUUACACGAAGGACGUUUCGAAGAAGCAGCCAAGUGCCACGAAACAGUUGCUAGUCUGUUGGCAGAAGCACACUCUCAACUCGAAUCUGGUUUCGUUCAUUUAAAAACUUCUAAUUUGUCUACUCAAACUCCUCCAUCCAUCAUUACUUCUUUUCAUUCGCUAAUUACUUUAGAAUCUCUAGCACUUCAACGCGAUUACCAUAAAAGGCAAGCUGCUGUAGUUAGAAUGAAACAGGCACAAUACGAAGAAUACAAGACUACUUUGGAAAAUCAACAAAAAGAAAUUCUUUGCAAGCAGGCACCAAAACAGCUAGAAAAAGACACAGGAGAAUUGACAUUGGAUAAGUUUGAUGGAUCUUUGCGUCAAGCUAUCUAUAGAACGAUCGAAGAACAAGAUAGCUUGUUGAGUUUAAUUUUCUUGCCAAAUAACGAAAAUAAAGCUUUCAAGCAUCCAAAAGACACGGGUACAGUUAUAGAAGAGCUGAAAACCGUGAAUUGUCAAUUACGUUGUCUCGUUGGUAGCUUACUAAGCCAGUUAGAAUCCAAAGAGGCGGAAGUGCGUCAGCUAACCGAACAGCUUCGUGCAACAUCCGUUAACCCAAACGAUGAAACCAGGUUAGAUAAUGCGCACUCGUUGCGACUCGCACCUUUGCCACCUUUAACGCCACUUGAGAUGCCUCUUUUUGACUUUACGUCAUCGUAGAACAUCUUCAAACAGGCGUUCGAUGCGUUCGAGUCUUCUCCGAUGCAGGACCCGAACAUUGUAUAUAAAAUCCAAGGAUCCAAGUUCGUAACAGUACAAAAGUUAACACAAGAAUCGUUACACUAUUUAGUCUCUUGCUAAACAUGAUUUUAAAGUUCAAGUAUAUUACAAUCAACGUUUUGUAUCGUACAAAAGAAAGAAAAAACUUACUCUAGUAUAUUUAACCUCGAUACGUGUUAGUGAUUUUACCGAUUCAUUCGAAGGGAUCAAAAUACAUAUCAACUUAUGUAGCGUAAUGCGUAUUCGUUUUGUUCGUAAGCGAGACUUUGAAAGAUUAUGCAUCUACGUUUGUGAAUAAUAUAUUAAUGAAGCGAAUGAAUAGUAGAUGGAGAUACUGCCAUUCGAGCGUUAGUAGACAGAGGUAAAAAGAGUAGGAUACCUCUACCGUGAGAAUUAUAGAGACGAUAUAAACUUGUAUAUAACUGUUGUUAAUUGUAAUUUCAGUACAAUUAUGUGUUAAUUCGUUUAAAGAUUAUUAGGUAUAUAAAAUGCGUUUGACAAAUUUUAUUAUAUAUUGUGUUCUAUUGUACAAUAAACAUCUAUUGAACAAAUA